CUACUUUCGGCCUUUAUACCCUGCUCUAAUUUUUUUUCUGUCGUCCGCAUGAAAGCCACGCCUCUCAGCCGCCCCCGCCUCUACAAGCUCCACAAUUUCAGGUCCAAGGGCUCCCCCUGUAGAUCAUCGAUGGCGCCUCCACCGAUCCUCUCCCUGGCUCUCCCGUCGGAAACUGGCCGCGUUCUCAGCAUCCAAUCUCACACAGUUCAGGGAUAUGUUGGCAACAAAUCAGCUGUUUUUCCUCUUCAGCUUCUCGGCUAUGAUGUGGAUCCAAUCAAUUCAGUUCAAUUCUCUAACCAUACAGGGUAUCCUUCCUUCAAAGGACAAGUUCUCAAUGGUCAGCAAUUAUGGGAUCUCGUUGAAGGUCUUGCGGCAAAUGAUUUAUUAUUCUACACACAUUUGUUAACAGGUUACAUUGGUUCAGUUUCAUUUUUAAAAACGGUAUUAGAAGUCGUUGAGAAAUUACGCUCAAUUAAUCCUGGGCUUAUAUAUGUUUGCGAUCCUGUCAUGGGUGAUGAGGGAAAGCUCUAUGUGCCUAUGGAAUUAGUAUCUGUUUAUCGUGAGAAGGUGGUUCCAGUGGCUUCCAUGCUGACCCCUAACCAAUUUGAAGUUGAACAGUUGACAGGAUUGAGGAUUACUUCCGAGGAAGAUGGCUUGGAAGCAUGUAAUAUUCUUCACACAGCUGGACCAUCAAAGGUGGUUAUAACAAGCCUGCAUAUAGAUGGUAACCUUCUUCUUAUUGGUAGCCAUCAAAGAGUAAAGGGUCAGCCUCCUGAUCAGUUUAAGAUAGUGAUACCCAAAAUUCCUGCUUAUUUUACGGGAACUGGUGAUUUGACGACUGCACUAUUAUUAGGAUGGAGCAAUAAAUACCCAGAAGAACUCGAGAAAGCAGCGGAGCUUGCAGUAUCAAGUUUGCAGGCUCUCCUACGAAGAACAGUUGAUGACUAUAAAAAGGCAGGCUACGAUCCUCAGUCGGGCAGUCUAGAGAUUCGAUUAAUUCAGAGCCAGGAUGACAUCCGGAACCCAGUUGUUGAAUACAAAGCUGAGAAGUACAAAUAAAGUUUCAUUUUCUUUUCAUUAUGUAUUUGUACACCAAUAUAUCUACCAAUAAAAGCUUCACCAUUUGUUAAUGGUCUCAGAUGUUUUUCUGAACGAUUAGCUUAUCGUGAUUGGCUAGAUAUUGAUUAAUCUUAUGAUUGGUUCAGCCUAUGAGAAAUAAAUAUUUCUAUCUCUGAUUUCUUGCUUUGUUUUUAUAGCGGGAGGUGUUAUUGUAUAUUCAAAAUAGUGGUGAUGCUCUGCUCAUGUUGAACAUGGUAUUAUUUGGAAUUACUUUAUUUGAA